AUGCUUUAUAACAUUCCUAAAUAUUUGACAAAAUACAACAAUCAUGCUUGUGAAACAAUUGAAUCAUUUGAGAAUACUUACAAAAAUGACCUUAUUCAAUGGUAUUGA